AUGGACGAAACCCUGAUUAUCCAAGCUUUCGCAACUAGCCUCACAAAUAACAACGAAAUUCGUCAUAAGGCUGAGGAAUAUCUUCUCUCUGUUCAAAGUUCUCCAGGUCUAAUCCCCAUUCUCGUCAAAAUUUCUCUUACUUCUCCUCCACAAGCGAACAAAAUUUUUUUGUUCGCUCAUGAAUUUUUAAAAAUUUAUAUAGUAAAAUUUUUUUCGAAAUUAAAAAAAAAAUUUUGAAUAAUUUAAAGCAAAUAUUUAUUUAAUUUUGUAAAAUUUAUGUUUUAAAUGCAAGCUGUUCAAAAUUAAACAGAAUUAACUAGAGAUUUCAUUAUAAUAAUUAUCACUACUUUAUCAAAAUUAUUUUUUUUUAUAAAAAAUUUUUCUACGCUCACAGAGGGUGGGUUUUUGGGCAAAAAAUAGGGAUUUUUUCAAUGUUUUGCUUCGUUCAUGGGCGGAGGGGUUAGCAAUGAGCAUCUCCCAAUCAAGCAGAACGCAGCUAUAUUUUUAAAGAAUUUAACAAAAACCUGAAAAGACUCAAAACGAGAUUUUACCCUCACAAUCGAGGAUAAAAACUAUUUAAAGGCCAACAUAAUGUAUAUUUUGCGAGAUGUUAUGGUUUGAUCUUGGCUCGCCCCUCCCCUUCCCCCAAAUCUCUGACGGUUUCAUUUUAAAUGAAGCAGGAAAAAAAAUGGCAAGUUCAUCAUUAAAAUUUGGCUAGUCAAAAAAUAUUUUCCCUGUAUUAUCUAAACUAAAAUACUAUAAGGGGUUGUGAGGGGAAGAAAAGAGAAGUCAAAGUUGAUCUAUAAUCGUACUUGCGCUAUACUGUUUACGAUAUUCCAUUGCUGAGAAAAUUCGUUCACAGUUCGAAGAAAUUGCACACAACAUAGCAAAGGCAGAUUUUCCUUGAACUGAAAUUUUAAUUCAAUGUGAUGAAGCCCUGCAGUCAAGAGACGCAGACCUGAUCCAUUCAGGUUUAGAUAUGAUACACCAAAUAGCAAGGGUUUAUGAGUUUGUUAUGAAUGAACGAAGAAAUAAUCUGAAAGUCCUGGUUUCGAGAUAUUUUCCUAUAAUUGAUUCCUUAUUUACACAUUUAUUAGGAGAGGAAAAUGAAAACGCUUAUAAGUACAUUUGCUUGAUUUUACAGAUUUAUUGGGUUUGCUUUUAUAUUGAGCUGCCUGAAGACCAAGCAAGUAAAGAGAGCUUGUCAAGCUGGCUAACUAAAUUUAAAAUUAUUUUGGAUAAAGAUCUAGGGGAGCUUGAAAAUCCGGUCGAAAAUGAAGAUGAAGCAAAAAUAAGAGAGGAAUCACCUCAAUGGGCUUGCAAAAGAUGGGUAGCUCAAAUAGUGCACCGCUUUUUCAACAGAUAUUUCAACUUGCAUCAUUUAAAUGGGCAUAGCAGAGCUAUAGGUGAGCAUUUUCAAUCUAAUUGGGCUGUUCCUUUUUUUGAAUCUAUUUUGCCAUUACUUUUAAAGCGGACUGCUCAUUUUAUACCAAAUAUCGUUGCAAAUUACCUUUUAAAAUAUCUUUUUUGAUAAAACUAGUAGGUUUUAAAUUAUUUUCCAAUUAAAUUUCAUAAUUAAAAAAAAAAAUGUAUACAUAAAUCAAGCCGUAAAAUUCCCUGUGACUUGUGAAAUAUUAAAAGCUAAAGUCACAAAUUCUAAUCAGCUCAUUAUUCAUUUAUUAGUUACAGACAUUAUAGUUCCUUAUUUAUGCCGAGUAAAAACUGACGAAGAACUAUGAGAAGAAAACCCUAUCGAAUAUGUCAGAAAAGAAACUGACCUAAGCAGGGCUUACUAUUCACCGAAAAGCUCAGCAAUUGAUUUACUAAUAACUCUUGCUGAAAAAGGGUAUUUAAAUCAAUUUUUAGAUUACGCAGUGCGAGAGCUUGUGUCAAGCCCUCAGCUACUUAAAAAAGAAGCCUUAUUAUUAGCAAUUGGAUCGCUUUAUCAAUUAAUGAAAGAAAAUGAAGCCAUUUCUCAAAAUGUCCAAAAUCUACUACUUACACACGUUUUACCUGAAUUUGGCAGCCAAAUUGGAUUUUUACGCUCAAGAGCCAUUUGGAUGUAUGGACAGUUCACAAACUUCCCUUAUUCAGAUCCAAGUCAUCAACAGUUAGUUGUACAAAAAACAUGCCAACUUUUGCAGGACCCUGAGCUUCCUGUAAGGAUUGAAGCUGCCAUUGCAUUACCUCGACUUCUUAUAUGGGAAAUCGCUAAAGAAAGUGUAGGAAAAGAAGUUGGUACAUUAUUAAAUAUAUAUAAAGUAUUAAUGAGCGAAAUUGAAUUAGAAGAAUUAAUUGAUGCAUUAGAAGACAUAGUUUCUAGAUUUCCAAAAGAAACAGUCCCUUAUGCUUUGGAUUUAUCUGAACAUCUUACACAAAAUUUCUUACGAAUUUCUGAAAAAGACGCAAAAGAUGACGAUGGGGAUAAUGCAAUGGCUGCUAUUUCUAUAUUGAAUACUAUAUCAAAAAUAAUUGAUGUGCUUGAAGAUAGAAAUGAAGAUUUAGUUAAAAUUUCUUUAAUAGUGAAUCCUAUACUAGAGUUCUGUUUAAGUUCUAAAGGAUCAGAGUAUUUUGAAGAAGCCUUGCACUGCUUAACAAGCUUGCUUUAUUAUGCACCUUCUGGAUCAUUAGUGCACCUAUAUAAAUAUGCAGGAUAUUUAAAACUUUCCUUAUACUGUAAUAAGUUAAAUAUAUAUUUUAAACAAAUAAACUAAUGAGCGUUUAAGAUCCAAUAUUAAUUUUGAUAUUUACUAUCGCUAUAUAUAUUAGGCGAAGGAGAAAUAAAGCCAUAUGGAAGGGACCAUCUAGAAGAGGUUUUUUCACCUCUAGCUAAUUACAUAUCAAAAUACCCACAGCAAACUUUAGCAAAUAUCCUUGUAUUUUUUGACCUUGCUAUUAAAUUACUAAAAGAGGAUGAGCAGGAAAUAAUUACUGGUUGCAAAAUUUUUAUAGCGAUUAUUGAAAAUAAUCAAGGGAGAAUUAAUCAAGCCCUGCCACAAAUUGUUCAAAUUGUAUGAAAAGCGACGAAUACUCUUUCAAGAAAGGUAAAAGUUAUUGGAUGUGAAGUUAUAUUGGUAGCGCUGUGAAAUAAUCCAAUUAUUACUUGUCAAGGAUUGCAAAAUAAUAAUGUUCUUGUGGAUCUUUUAUCAUUUUGCUUUGAAAAUGUAAUGCAUUUCAAAGAAUCCAUGGCUAGAGCACACAUGAUUGUUGGUUUAGGGUCGCUAUUAUAUCUAGGAGAGCAGCUUCCUCAAAUCAUUUCAAAUAACUUAGGGAUUAUUUUGCAAAAAGUUCUGACGAUUUAUAAAGGAACUUUAGAUGAAAAAUCUGAAUUUCAUCAAGAAAAUAAUAGCCAAACUCCUACAUUUGUAGACUCUGAGCAAUUAAAGCAAGAAUACUCCAAACUUUUAUACGAUUAUAAAUUCUCACAAAAAACCGAUGACAGUGAAGAAGAUAGUGAUGAGGAUAAUUAUGGCUUUAGCACAGAACCAGAAGAUUUAUAUGAUUCUCCAUUUGAAUCGUUAAGUUUGAAGGAGUUUCUGAAAGCAAUUUUUACAAAUUUCGGAGCAAAAAAUGAGGAAGUUUAUAAAGGAAUGAUCUCAAAAUUAAGUGAAGAAGAUAUUGCAGUGUUAGGAAUGAUAAUGAGUUAA